AAGAAAUGUCCCGUUCCUCCCUCUAAGCCCUUGUCGCUCGUAGAACCUUUGGCUUAAGCCCCCUUCUCCGAAACGCGCCGAGUUAACUCAAAGCUCGAAUCCCUAUCGACUCGGUCUUCACUCGGCUCCUCGAAGCCAUGCAAGCAGUUUCGAAAGCUCGCGGACUCAGUCGAGCAUUCAAAUUUCCGAUUUUUCUCAACUCGGAUCGGUUUCUUGCUCCGGAUGUACUACCAAUCGAAGCCCCUCACACUUCUCUUCCAUGGCGGAAUCACAGCACCUUCUCCUCCCGAACCUCGUUCUCCUCUGGGUUUAUUGGAGGAGAUUAUUUAGAAAUCAAACAAUGCGCUAUGUAUAUGAGAACAUUGUCCCGAGCACAUUUUUCUGCGAAAGCGAGUGGUACAAUCGACGGCAGUCCAACAGAGGCUGUAAAGGAGUCGUAUGAUCAAAUGCUCCAAUCUGUUGUGGUUAAAAGAACAAUGCCCCCAAAUGCUUGGUUAUGGUCUUUGAUUGAAAAUUGUAAAAACCAUGAUGAUAUUAAGCUUCUUUUCGACAUUUUGCACAACCUCCGACGAUUUAGACUAUCAAAUCUUCGGAUAAGUUCUAAUUUUAAUUGCAACCUCUGUCGUGAAGUUACAAAGGCAUGUGUUCGUGUAGAGGCCAUUGACUUUGGCAAGAAGACUCUGUGGAAGCAUAAUAUUUAUGGAUUAACUCCUAGUAUUGCAUCUGCUCACAGUUUACUGUUGUAUGCUAAAAAGCACAACAAUGCUGACCUUAUGAAGGAGAUAAUGAAACUUCUGAAAAGGAAUGACUUACCAUUGCAAGCUGGUACAGCAGAUAUUGUUUUCAGCAUUUGUUACAAUACUAAUGAUUGGCCAUUGAUGUCGAAGUACUCGAAGAUGUUUGUCAAGGCUGGAGUCAAGCUAAGGCAAACCUCUUUUGACAUGUGGAUGGAUUUUGCUGCUAAAAUAGGAGACACUGAGUCACUGUUGAAAAUUGAGAAGUUGAGAUCAGAGUCAAUGAAGCAGCACACUCUUGUGACUGGAUUUUCAUGUGCUAAGUAUCUUCUAUUAGAAGGAAAGGCUGAGGAUGCUGCCGCUGUCAUUCAAGUCCUAAGUCAGAAUCUACCUGAAGCAAAGAAGUCAAACAUUUUGGUUGAGCUUCAAAAGCUAGUAAAUGAGUGGCCCUUGGAGGUUAUUAAGCACCAAAAAGAAGAAAACAAGAAGGAGUUAGCUACAUCUUUGAAAUCUGAUAUUCCUGCCAUGAUCAAUGCUCUAUUAAAGAAUGGCUUAGAGGUUACAAUAAAUAUGGAAGACUUAGAACUAACUAGCAAAGAAGGUAUUCUAGCUUGAAGAUUUUCUCCUGAAGCAGCGCUGGACCAACUUUAUUUGUGGCCUUGGGCGAGAGAAAGGAUAGGCAUUUUGCUUUUAUCUUUUGUAUUUUUUAAUGAAGAGGUGCGAUACUUAAUUUUAUUAUUUUUUUACUUUGUUAUGAUUAUUUACAUUUCUUACAAACAAAUGAAAAAUGCAAUGUUAAGCA